AUGAAACUCAUUGCCACUCCAUAUAUGAUUAAAAACAGUUAACAACACAUAACACAACAUAUAUUAUAUUAAAACUGUUUAAUAAAACUAUAAAAAAAACUAUUGUUUUAUUUAAUGUUUAAUUAUUAUUAUUAUUAAAGUGUCUGUUAUUUAUUAUUUAUCCAUGGUCAUAUAAUUGAGUAUAUGUGCGUGCUCAUUUCUACUUUAUUAUUUAUAAAUAACAUAUCUAUAUACAUUUACUUUAUAUAUUAGUAAACACACCUUGUUGGUUUUUUGUUUAUUGUGUUGUUUGUGUGUUUUUUUAAAAAUAAUAAAUUGAUCCUAGUGAAAUUUUUUAAUUACUAAAUUAAUUAAUUAUAAUUAAAAUUAUAAUAUACAAUCAUGGCCGAUGAUGGCGAAGAGUUUGAAUUUGAAUACACCAAGGUAACCAAAACAACCCGUACCAUAAACCAGCGCCGACUAUCCCAGCGCCAGGAAUCGGAGGAUAAGGCACCCGAACCGAAAUUCCGGACCCUAUACGGUCGCGAUCCGAAAGAGUUCGAGAAUGUCGACGUCGAAAAACUGUUGGGCCAAUUGACGGCCGACGAAUUGGCUCAGCUGAGCGAAGAAGUAGAUCCCGAUGAUAAUCUGUUGCCGCCGUCGCAACGAUGCAAAGAUCAGACAUCCAAGUCGGCUACCGGUCCCUUAAAUCGUAAACAACUGUUGACUUUUCUGACAAAGUUUGCACAGGAACAGGAAGACUGGCCAGAGCUCAAGCCGUUCCAGUCCGGAGUCAAACGGGGCAAAAUAUUUGAACCAAAAGAACAGGAGACCACCAAUUCGUCGGACGAGAAGAUCAUACUGGACUUGGAUGACGGCACCGAAGAAGCAUUGGACGACGCCAGCGAAGCCGAUCUGGUUGAUCUGGCCGGCAUACUUGGCCUGCACUCGAUGCUCAAUCAGGACCAGUUUCACAAUUCAAUCUUGAAUAAAGGCCAACGUCUGGGAACCGAUAAAUUUGAAUCGAUUGUUAAGGCACCCGUACCCCGAAAAUUGCCCUUCGAACCGGACAAUAUUACCGAUCCGGAAGCUACCGCCAAACAAGUGAUAGCCAACGAUCCCAAUCUAACUGAGCUUAACUGGAAUAACAUAAAGUUUGUGCCGCGCGAAACAUUCAAGAAAAUGUUUGCCGGUCUGAAACAGAAUACACACCUGAAGACACUACACCUAUCGAAUACGGGACUAACCGACGGUCCGGCCGAAGUACUGGUCGAAGCGCUCAAAGAGAAUACAACGUUGCGUACGAUAUCCUUGGAGUCUAACUAUCUGAGCGGUCCGAUGUUGCGUACACUGAUUCAGGCACUGUUAGUUCAGCAGCGGGUACUGGAAUUUCGGGCCUGCAAUCAGCGGCCAAUAGUUAUGGGCAAUCGUAUCGAAAUGGAAAUUGCCAAAGCUGUCGAACAGAAUAAGACACUGUUGCGGUUAGGGCUGUGCUUUGAUGUGCCCUGUGCCCGGCAAAAGGUCACCGAUCACAUACAGAAUAAUAACGAUAACAUUCGUCUCAAAAGAAUUGGUUCUUACGAAGGAUAAUAGGAUUUAAUUAUUUUUAUUAUUAAUUAUUACUAUUAUUAUUAAAUAAUUGCCAUUUAAUUA